GCCAUUCGCUAUUCAUGUAGCUCUCUCUCUCUCUUGUUGUAGUGGUAAUCCAUCCAACAAUACAAUCACCCAAAUCUGCUGCUCUAUCCGUGCUCUCUCGUCGUCGUCGCCGCCCCCGACACCGCCAUGGCCGCCGCCGCCGCCGCGUUCUGUCCUUCAUUCUUCUUCUCCCUCUCCUCCAUCACAGACUCUGAGGGCAAGAAUGAUAAUGAGAUCUCGACUUUAAACCGCUUCCGCAACCCUGGCUCCCUUCUCCUCCUCCGCCAUUGCCGAGGGACCCGGAUCUCCUGCUCAUCCACCGCUUCCGACCCCACCGGUGUCCACCACCACCAGCAAUUGAAGAGCCGGAGGCCGCCGGAGGAGAACAUCCGCGAGGAGGCGUGCCGGCGCGACGAGGCGAACGCGUCGCACGGCUUCUCGGCGUGCUACGUGCCCUUUGAUGCUCCCGCAGACACUGCGGAGACCUACUCGCUCGAUGACGUGGUGUACCGGAGUCGCUCCGGCGGUCUCCUUGACGUCCGCCACAAUCUCUCCGCCCUGAAGCGCUUCCCCGGCUCCCACUGGCGCGCCCUGUUCGACUCCCGCGUUGGCCGCACCACCUGGCCCUACGGUUCCGGCGUCUGGUCCAAGAAGGAGUUUGUCCUCCCGGAGAUCGACCCCGACCACAUUGUGUCUCUCUUUGAGGGCAACUCCAACCUCUUCUGGGCCGAGCGCCUCGGUCGCGACCACCUCGGUGGCAUGCCCGACCUCUGGGUCAAACACUGCGGCAUCUCGCACACCGGCUCCUUCAAGGACCUCGGCAUGACCGUCCUUGUCAGCCAGGUCAACCGCCUCCGCAGCGCCCCCCUCAACCGCCCCAUCGCCGGCGUCGGGUGCGCCUCCACCGGCGACACCUCCGCCGCGCUCUCCGCCUACUGCGCUGCUGCCGGCAUCCCUGCUAUCGUCUUCCUUCCCACUGACCGCAUCUCCCUCGCUCAGCUCGUCCAGCCCAUUGCUAACGGCGCCACCGUUCUCUCCAUCGACACUGACUUCGACGGUUGCAUGCGCCUCAUCCGCGAGGUUACCGCCGAACUCCCCAUCUACCUGGCCAACUCCCUCAACUCCCUCCGCCUUGAGGGUCAGAAGACUGCCGCCAUAGAAAUCCUGCAGCAGUUCGACUGGGAGGUGCCCGACUGGGUCAUCGUCCCUGGCGGCAACCUGGGCAACAUCUACGCCUUCUACAAGGGCUUCGAGAUGUGCCGCGAGCUCGAGCUGGUCGACCGCGUGCCACGCCUUGUCUGCGCACAGGCAGCCAAUGCCAAUCCCCUUUACCUCUACUACAAGUCUGGCUGGGCUGACUUCAAGCCCAUGGUGGCGGCAGACACGUUUGCCUCCGCCAUCCAAAUCGGCGACCCUGUCUCCAUUGACCGUGCUGUAUUUGCUCUCAAGGCCACGGACGGCAUCGUCGAGGAGGCCACCGAGGAGGAGCUCAUGGAUGCCAUGUCUCUUGCUGACCGCACGGGCAUGUUUGCCUGCCCACACACCGGGGUCGCUCUUGCUGCACUGUUCAAGCUAAGGGAGAGGGGGGUGAUCAAUACGAAUGACCGCACCAUAGUAGUCAGCACCGCUCAUGGGCUCAAAUUCAGCCAAUCAAAAGUGGCCUAUCACUCGAAGGAGAUAGCCAACAUGACUUGCCAGUACGCGAACCCACCCGUACAUGUGAAGGCUAAUUUCGGUGCCGUGAUGGAUGUUCUGAAGAAGAAGCUUGAAGGAAUGGGCUAAUAGUUGAUAUCCUAGUCUGCCAUGCAUUUAUAUUGGGGUGCAGAAGUGUCUGAUCCUAAGCAAAAACUAUCCCAGGUCCUUCAAUGUUCAGUUAAUAUCUUCUUUUUUCUUUUGUGUGUCUGUGUGUGUGCAUGCAUGCCCGUGGAAUGCAAUCUCACAGUAUACUGGCGGUAUGUACUGGUUCAUAUGGGAACUUGGUGGCAAACUUGUGGUAUGCUAGUUGCAUACCAUGCUGACCUGGGACUGAUUCAGGUGCUGGUACUGAAAUAAAAUCUUGGUUCCAUUUA